AUGGAAAUCGCCAACGCACGCAGCCACAACUCCAAACGCAAACGCGACACUACCUCUCCUCCUCAACCAUUUCCCAACGGCGGUACCCCCACAACCGUCGCCGCUGCUACCGACGAAAUCGAUCUCUCCCUCCUCGACGCAAUAGAAAAAUCACAAUCUUUCACAAAAUCCCAACCUAUUGAAACCCUAGAUCUCAAAACCCUAAAAAAACUAAUCCUCUCCUUCGAACGCAAAUACAAAGAGAACAUCGAAUCCCGCCUUAAAUACCCAGACCAGCCGGAAAAAUUUGCCGAUUCCGAGAUUGACCUCCAUAACGAGCUCCAAAAACUCAAAAUACUCUCCUCCGCACCGGAACUUUACCCCGAUUUGAUAUCCAUGAACACCAUCCCCUCCAUUUUAUCACUCUUAUCACAUGAAAAUACCGAUAUUGCCAUCGAUGUUAUUCUAUUAUUACAAGACCUUACUGACGAGGAUGUAGUGGAAAUGAGCAACGAGAACGAAGAGGAAUCGAUGAAAGCACUCGUUAACACACUUAUCGAGAACAAUGUGUUGGAAUUGUUAGUGCAGAAUUUGCAGAGGUUGUCGGAUUCCGAUGACCAGGACGAAAUGGCGGCGGUUUAUAACACGUUAGCGACGGUGGAGAACAUGAUUGAGGUGGAGCCGAAGGUGGCGGAGAUGAUUUGUGAGAAAACGAGGAUUUUGAAAUGGUUGUUGGGGAAGUUAAAGGUGAGGGAAUUUGAUAGUAAUAAGCAGUACGCUGCGGAGAUUUUGUCAAUUCUGUUGCAGAAUAGUGAGGCGAAUCAGAAGAAGUUAGGGCAAAUGAAUGGGGUUGAUGUGGUUUUGCAGGCGGUUGCGAUGUAUAAGAGUAAGGAUCCGAAGACUGGGGACGAGGAGGAGAUGGUGGAGAAUUUGUUUGAUUGUUUGUGUUGUUUGUUAAUGCCAUUGGAGAAUAAGGAGAGGUUUGUGAAGGCGGAAGGGGUGGAGUUGAUGAUUAUUAUUAUGAAGCAGAAGAAAUUGGCUUAUGGGUCGGCCAUCAGAGCGCUUGAUUUUGCUAUGACUAAUUAUCCACCUGCUUGUGAGAGGUUUGUUGAUGUUUUGGGGUUGAAGACUGCUUUCGCUGCUUUCAUGGGUAAGGUUCCCAUGAGCAAGCAGAAUAAGAAAGAACGAUAUCGAGAGGAGUUAGAAGAGCGCGUUAUCUCCUUAAUUGCAUCAUUAUUUGGUGGGAUUUUAAGAGGUUCAAGAAGAGAAAGACUACUAAGUAAAUUUGUGGAAAAUGAGUAUGAGAAGAUAGACCGCCUUAUGGAACUCUAUAUAAGAUAUUCGGAUAGAGUAAAAGAAGAGACUAAACGAAUGGAUGAGCUUGAAUUUGAUGAUCUCGAGAUCGACGACGAUGAAAGAUAUAAUCGAAAACUAGAAUCUGGACUCUACACCCUUCAGGUUAGUUGCUGUCCCAGUGGUUUCUUGUCAGAGUUGUCUAUGAAAUUGCUAACUUUUAUUUAUGGACUCGCACAAGUUGUGGGGUCUAUCAAGCAGUUGUUGAUAGCCAUCAUUCUGGGCCAUCUCUGGUGCUCCGAGCACUCUCAAAUGAGAGCAAGGAUUGAACUAUUAUUGAGGCAACAGAGGCUUACUAAGAAUGAUGUUAGGGAUAUACUUCUGGAAUAUCAUGAUAACAUUGGUGACCUAGAUGGACCUGAAGAGAAGGAGCGAACGCAAGCAAGAGUUCAGAAAUUUAUCUCGGCCUUUGAACUCUCCUAG